CACCGAAAAGAUUUGGAACUUAUUACUUACACAGCAGAAUUGCAAGAUGGCGGUACGGGAACUUCAUCCCGUGCUGAAAUUAUCCCUGAUUUUAACUUUUACUCAAUUUAUUUGUGCAGAGGUUUUAACCCCACCCUACUUUAAUUUAGCUCAGGGACGAGAAAUCACUGCAACAUCAACUUGUGGCGAGACACCGACCGGUAGAGAAAGUAGAGAACUUUAUUGUCGUCUUACGGGUGCAACAGGCCAGGAAAGAACGAGUGGUAAUACAGAACUUAUCCAAGGACAGUAUUGUGACUUCUGUGACCGAAGUCGGCCCGGAAAAGAACAUCCUGCACGUUAUGCUAUUGAUGGUACGGAGCGAUGGUGGCAGAGCCCCCCUCUGUCUCGGGGUAUGGCUUACAACGCUGUCAACCUCACCGUCAAUUUGGGUCAGGAAUUCCAUGUCGCCUACGUGUUCAUCAAGAUGGCUAACUCUCCACGUCCAGGGGUUUGGGCACUGGAACGCUCUGUGGACAAUGGUCAGACGUGGAAACCAUGGCAGUAUUUUGCAGACACACCAAGUGACUGUAACAAAUUCUUUGCUGUGGAAGCUGACAGCAAACUGACAGCUGAUGAUUCUGUCAUCUGUGCCACUCAGUUUUCCAAGAUUGUCCCACUCGUUAAUGGAGAGAUUGUCGUGUCGCUGGUUAACAACCGUCCGAACGCCAUGAACUUUUCCUACGCAGAGACGCUUCAGGAUUGGACCAAGGCCACCAAUGUUAGACUGCGUCUGCUCCGAACCAAAACACUGCUAGGACAUCUGAUGGCUGUCGCUCGUCAGGAUCCAACAACUACUCGCCGGUACUACUACAGUAUUAAAGAUAUCUCUAUUGGCGGCCGAUGUGUAUGUAAUGGUCACGCCGAGAGCUGUGUGAGGAGUGACCCAAUGAACCCAAACAAAUUAGUAUGUCAGUGUGAACACAAUACCUGUGGUGACCAGUGUGACCGCUGCUGUCCCAAUGCCAUUCAGAAAAAAUGGGCGCCUGGACGUGCAGACAAGGUGUUCCAGUGUGAAACCUGCCAGUGUUACAGACACAGUGAUGAAUGUAUCUACGAUGAACAGGUGGACCUACUCGGACAGAGUAUUGACAUUCAAGGCAACUAUGUCGGAGGGGGUGUCUGCCAAAACUGCAGGCAUAAUACUAUGGGUGUCAACUGUAACGAGUGUAUGCCAGGCUACUACAACCCAUUCGGGGUACCACUCGACUCACCUGAGGCUUGUGUCUCUUGUGUAUGUGAAGGUCAGAAGUACACUGGAGAGUGUGAGGCAGGAACAGGGCGAUGUCAGUGUAGUAAACAAUACACAGGGCUGGACUGUGACAGCUGCAGCUUUGGUUACUAUGGUUACCCAGACUGUAUACCAUGUGACUGCCACCUGAACGGUACAGAGGGGACAGUGUGUACUGUAGGUGGCGGACAAUGUCCGUGUAAAGAAGAGUAUGUUGGACACCGCUGUGACAUGUGUGCUUUUGGCUUCUUCAACUUCCCUGACUGUGAACCAUGCCAAUGUGACUCAACUGGGUCCACCAGUGAUGUCUGUGACGUGGAGACUGGACAGUGUCCAUGCCAACCUAACUACUCUGGACUGGAAUGUAACCAAUGUGCCAAUGGGUACUACAACUACCCUGACUGUAGAGCGUGUGACUGUGUGGUGGCAGGUACGGAGGAGGAGAUCUGUGAUAAAGACACUGGUGCUUGCCUGUGUAAGGAUAACUACCAGUUCCCUCGCUGUGACCGAUGCGCUCCCGAAUAUUAUGGAUUCCCACUGUGUCAAGAGUGUCAGUGUGCUGACCCUGGAUCAUAUAGUAAAGUGUGUCGUGAGGACGGUCAGUGUGCCUGUAGUACCAACUUCGCUGGAUAUCAGUGUUCUCGCUGUGCGACAGGCUUCUACCGCUACCCAGACUGCAGGGCCUGUGAAUGUGACUUGUAUGGAGCCAUAGGACAGUCAUGUGACCAGCUAAAUGGCCAGUGUGAAUGUGCUCCCACAUUUGAAGGACUCAUGUGUAACAAGUGUAAGGAUGGGUUCUACAACUACCCCAACUGUGAAGAAUGUAACUGUAACCCUGCUGGAGCUAAGGAGAUUCCAGGCUACCCCCUAGGUGGGUGUGGUGUGGUGACUCGGGGUCUGUUGUGCGAGUGUAAGGAAAAAGUUAUGGGACGAAUCUGUGACCAGUGUAAACCAGGCUAUUACAACCUCAACAGGAAUAACCCACAGGGAUGUCAGGCCUGUGAUUGCCAUGCCCCAGGGACAGUAUCGGGUCUCAGUAACUGUGACCCUGUUGAUGGUCAGUGUAUGUGUAAGACCAAUGCAGGUGGUCGUCGCUGUGACACAUGUCAACCAGGAUUUUACGGACUCAGCAAUGAAAAUCCAUUCGGAUGUAUUGAGUGUAAUUGCGACAUGGGAGGAUCCGUGACUCCAGUAUGUGACAGCAUGACCGGCCAGUGUAGGUGUAAACCCAGGGUCCGAGGCAAACGCUGCGAAAGCCCGGAUACUAUGCAUUUCUACCCGUCCCUGCAACAACUCAUCUACGAGAUUGAGGAUGGAAAAACACCAGAGGGUUCCAGCAUCAGAUACGGCUUUGACCAAGAAAUAUUUAACAACUUCUCAUGGAGAGGAUAUGCCAUUCUCACUCACCUGCAGCCCGAAGUCUUGAUGGAUGUCACAGUGCUCCGACCUAGUCUCUACCGUAUCAUCUACCGCUUCGAAAACCUGAACUCCUAUACAGUCAAGGGGGAGGUAACUCUCACCCCGCAGUCAGUGGCUGACGUGAAGCAGACAAGUGAGGUGUUGUUUGUCCACUCAGAGAUGCCACAAUUUGUGACGGUCGGUUCUACAAGUGGGGUGAAGGACUUUGUGUUGAACCCUGGGUACUGGACGAUAUCCAUCAAGUCUCCAGAACUUCUACUCCUGGAUUACAUGGUUCUUGUACCACAAGCAUACUAUGAAGCUACAGUCUUGCAGCAGACAGUCACACGUCCCUGUACCAUUCCUGAUGACGAUGGCCCGUGUCUGUAUUACAACUACCCAGACCUGUCCCGUUUCCCAGCUGUGUCUGGUGAGAAUGGUUAUACCAUUGAUACAGAUGGCAACGUAGUACCAACACAGGUGUUCACCGACCGCACCAUUCUUGACGAGCUUGAUUUAGAUGGAUUGGCAAAGCUGGACAAAAACCAGAACUCAUUGAAUCUGAAUUUGGCUGUUCCUGAUGCCGGCCAGUACAUCAUAGUGGUCAACUACUUCGCUUUAUCCAACACAACACAAGACUUAAAUGUCACUAUCAGGACCCCAGAGGGGGACUUCCUCGGAACUGUGUCCCUCAGUAACUGUAAAUACAGUGUGCUGUGUCGAGAGGUGUUGAAGGACCUGAACAGUAUGCCAGCCCUCACCUUCAUCAACGGAACUGCCCAAAUCAUCCUCACUGGGGACGAUGACGUGGAUGUUGGUAUUGGCUCUGUUGUAGCUAUUCCAUACCCUGACUGGACUCUUGGAUAUAUACGUCCCAGCAUUAUCUGUAUCCGCAUCAACGGCAUAUGUAUUGGCUCCCAUUGGUCCAUUCCUGCUGACUCUCGCAGAAUUGAGUUUGAGGACCCACCCAACCAAGACCUUCGUGUCGGCCCCAACGAGUUCCCGUCCUGGAUUGUCGAUGAUAAUGUUGGAUUAGUACAUCUCAAUGAUACUGUGAAUGCCAUUGAGGUGGAAACCACGGUCCAGAAUCCUGAUCGCUAUGUGUUUGUCGUUCACUUCUACCUGCCUAGUGAGGCCGGAAUCGACCUUCCAGUCACCAUUCAUGCUGACAGUCAAGUUUAUCAAGGUAUGUUCCGACCGAGGUACUGCCCUGGUGUUUCUGGUUGUCGAGGGCUGAUCUACUUUGAUGAACAAGAUGGCAGCAACACAAUUGGUGUCAAUGAUAACAGGGUUUUCAUCCGUCUCAACAACACCAGUGGACGCGACAUCUACUUGGACUAUCUGCUGAUGAUUCCAGCCACACGAUUCUCCGCUGCCGACUUGGACGUCCAGCCUGUGGAUGACUCUGCUAAUUUCCUGGCAAACUGUGUGGGACCAGGAUUCCAGCUCAUAAGCAACUCAGAGUUUUGUCGCCAAGGAAUCUUCUCCCUGACAACAGACUUUAACAACGGUGCCGUACCCUGUAGCUGUAAUAUUGACGGCUCUCUCAGCUUCAGCUGUGUAAACUUUGGCGGUCAGUGCCAGUGUCGCGAUAACGUCAUAGGGCGCAGCUGUACUCAUUGUGCCGAGGGGUAUUAUGGUUUCCCUAACUGUAAAGAGUGUAACUGUCCUUAUGGAAAGUGCCAUCCAGUCACCGGUGAUUGUGUGUGUCCCCCUCGAGUAGCUGGUACCAUGUGUGACCAGUGUGUAGCCGAGACCUUUGGCUACGACCCUCUCGUCGGUUGUACUGAUUGUGACUGUAGCUACUAUGGUGUUCUAAACAAUGACCUCAACUGUGAGCAGGGUACCGGUCAGUGCAGCUGUAAGGAGAACAUUGAGGGACGUAAGUGUGAUAGCUGUCAUAUUGGAUUCUACGCCUUCCCCCACUGUCAAGAAUGUAACUGUAACAGUAUUGGUACAGAACAGAAUAUCUGCGACCAAACCAAUGGCCAGUGUCUUUGCAAGGCCAAUGUUGAUUCCGGUACAUGCGACAGGUGUCAGCCUGGAACAUUCAACCUUGACCCUCGCAAUCCCAAAGGCUGCACCAGCUGCUUCUGUUUUGGCACAACACAGACCUGUGACAGCUCAACAUACACCUGGGGAAUGCACAAGGACAUGAUGGGAUGGACAGCAACAAACGUUGACCCAAGUGCAGUAAGAGAGGCCGGAGAUAUUGUGGCCAUUCUCAAUGUCCAGACCUUCGUCACCGACUCUGAUACUGUCAUCUAUUGGGAGGCUCCAGAGUCUUACUUGGGGAACAAGGUGGUGGCCUAUGGCGGUGGCCUGCAGUAUUCCUUUAUCUACAUGCUUGAGGAUCCUACAACUGAAGAGGAAGUAACUGGACCUGCCGUCAUUCUCAUGGGAAGAAACAUGACAAUUAUACAUAUGCUUGAUGCUGCCAAUUACCAGGGAAGUCGUGUUUACGAAGUCACAGUGCCCUUGAUGGAGUCCCAUUUCAUGUACAGUGACACGAGGACGUUUGUGAAUCGGGACAAUUUCAUGUCUGUCCUAGUAGAUCUUCAGUCGAUACACAUUCGAGCAGCCUACACUACUAACGUUGACCAGCUCAGGCUGAUGAAUGUGACAAUGUUGGUGGCAUCUCCUGAUGGCAUUGAUGGUCCAGCCCUUUCUGUGGAACAGUGUAAUUGUCCCCCAGGCUAUACAGGCACUUCCUGUGAGAGCUGUUCGCAGGGAUAUUAUCGCACACAGAAUGCUCCAUUCCUCGGUGCAUGUAUACCCUGUAUGUGUAACAGACACACGGAGACGUGUGACCCACAAACUGGAAUGUGUCUGGGUUGCCUUGACAACACUAUGGGAGAUCACUGUGAGACUUGUUUACCUGGUCACUAUGGCGACCCAUCUCGUGAGGGCUGUACCAUCUGUAGCUGUCCUCUUCCCGUGGCCAGUAACAACUUUGCGUUUGGAUGUAAUGUCUACAAUGGUCAGAUGGUUUCCUGUGACUGUCAACCUGGUUAUGCUGGCCUUUUCUGUGACCGAUGUGCCCCAGGGUAUUACGGAAACCCCAACGAGGAGGGUGGUCGAUGUGAAAUGUGUCAGUGUUCUGGAAAUAUUGACAUGACUGACCGUGGUUCAUGUAGUGAGGUGACCGGAGCAUGUCUUGUUUGUGGUAACAACUCUACAGGUGUAGACUGUUCCCAGUGUCGUGAUUGGUGGCACGGCGAUGCUGUCGACGCUAAAAAUUGUCAAGCCUGUACCUGUAACCAGUGUGGAGCCCUGCAGUGUGAUAACACUGUAGGACAGUGUCGGUGUAAACCCAAUGUACAAGGUGUGGACUGUGACAGCUGUGCACCAAACACAUAUGGAUAUGAUGAUUGUGAGGGUUGUCGGGACUGUAACUGUGGACUAGCUGCCACCAACCUCCAGUGUAACCUUACCACUGGCCAGUGUUCCUGUCAGCCAGGCGUGACUGGCCUCAUGUGUGACGAGUGUAUGGAUGGAUACUUUGACUACACAGCUGCAGGCUGUCAAAAGUGUGACUGUGAAGCGGACGGUGCUAUGACCUGUAACCCAUUCACUGGGGUAUGUCAGUGUCUGGAGGGCGUCACGGGCGACAGAUGCGACAGAUGUCUGCCACGGUGGAUCCUUGUACCCAACGAGGGAUGUCGUUCCUGUGACAACUGUGUACACAUUCUGCUGGACGACUUGGAAUUCAUGGACAGGAACUUGACCAGCCUGACUGGUAACCUGGCAACAGUCUCAGUUGGAGUGACUGCCAUGAAACGUCUUCAGGCUAUCAAUGACUCAAUUGCCGUAAAUGCACCCAAAAUUGAUGCAAUGAAGGAGGCUGAUGCUGCCUUCACCCUGACUCCAUUGAGACAAGCAGUCACUGAUAUCAUUAUGAAAGCAGACGACAUCGAGGCUAAGUCGAAGACACAGAUGGUGUCUGCUACCCUGGUGAAGGAGGAGUCCCAGCAGUUCCUUACAAAUGCCAUUGACCUUGAACAGCAGGUUGAUUCUGUCAGUGACGAUACUAAUGUUGCCGUGAAUGAAGUCGAAAAUGUACUUGCCACUAUCCUGAGAGGGAUCCAGGUGACCAACAUUGACACAUACAUAGAGCAGUCAACCGAUCUCUUGGAUGACAUCAUGGCGGUCAACAUGACUGGGGUGAAGGACCGAGCAGAUGCGGCCGUCAUGGAUAUCUUCAGGUUGGACUUGGACAGAUACAGGAAUGCUUACCGACAGGGUGAGAAUGAUGCUGAGAGGCUGGCCAAUGCUGUUAACGACCUUGCCAACAGUCUGUAUAGCCUGCAGGAGCAUGGCCAACGUAGUCUUACCAACUCCUCCGAUACAAUAGCAUUGGUGAACAAGAUCAGACAGCUAGCUCUCAGUAUCAUUAAUCUGCGUUUGAAGGGAGUCGAAGAGUCGAGCAGAGACACCGAGAUGAUUCUGAAGAUGUCACAGAAUGAAAUUGAAGCAGCACUGCAGGCGUUGCAGACAUGCAAGGCUGACACCGUGACAGUGAAUGAUCAGUCAGGGCAGCUAGGAAAUGGCAUCAUUCAGCUCAGAAAUAUUGAUGAAGACUUGAGCAGCAACUUAAGUGAUUUGGAUGAGAAGAAAAUGCAAGCAGAGGCACAUGCCAAUGGUUUGGUUGAUCAAGCUAAAAUGCUGGAAAGUGUGUACACAGACACUCGCGAUACGGCAGCCCUGGCACUCCGCGCUGCUAAUGCCUAUGAAGGCAUCGUCAUGGCAAUCAAUGAUGCAUAUAAUGCCUCGCGUGCCGCAACAGGUGUAGCAACCCGUGCCCUUGGCAAGGUGUUCCUAACUCCCUCGUUUGGAGUAGGGGAAUAUUGCGGAUUCCAGAAGAGAUCAAAGUGCGGAAUUACUUGCUGCUACUUACAGGAGAGACUGGAGGAUGCAACUUUCAACACAGACAAAGUGGAGAAUUCAAACGAGGAGGUCAAGAACAGGCUUUACAACGUCAACUUUCAACUGGCCUCCCUCGGAACCGGUGAUGUUGGCCAGAGGGCUAGAGAUGCUGCUAUGACAGCUGAAGAAGCCAGCCAAAUGACCACAUACGCUGGGAACAAGGUCAAUGGCAUCAUCAGAAAGUUACCCUCAAACAAAGCAAAGGUUGAGAAACUCUUCAAUGAUUUCACCAAGACAACGAAGAACACCCAGUAUGCAGAUAAGCAAACCCAAGAUGUGAAAGAGAAAGUACCGCAGAUCACAGAACUGAUUGAGCUGGUGGGAACGCAGUCAAGAAACGUGCGAAGUCUUAGAGACAGUGUGAUGGGCAACAUCACUAGCCUCCGUGAGAAGAUCAUACUGGCGCGCGAUGAGGCCAAUAGGAUCCGUGUUGGCAUGGAGUUCCUCGGAAAUACAACUGUUGCCUUGAGAAACCCACCAGAUGUUGACCUGGCUGGGUCGUACAGCCGCUUGACGACUUACAUUCGUACUGAACAGAGUGAUGCACUGCUGGCCUACAUUGGGGCAGAAUUCAUCCCAGAUAGACCAACUCCAGACUUCCUUGCACUGGAAUUACGCGACGGCAGAGUAAUGUUCAAGUACGACCUAGGAUCAGGAGCUGCAGAAAUCAGUCAUCCAUGGAGUGUUAACGACAACCAAUGGUACAAGGUGGUGGCCGAGAGGAUAGGGAAGACUGGCUCACUGACACUCGAGCGAGAUAUAGAAGGUAUUGGAGUGGAGAGUAUAAAGAUGAGCGGUAAUUCAUCAGGAACAUUCACUGUCCUGGAACUGAACCCAGUCACAACCAAGUUCUAUCUCGGAGGGGUGCCCAGCACAACUAUGCUACCAAGAACAGUCGCAGGUUCCAACUACUACGAAGGUGUGAUGGAGGGUGUGGCCUUCGACAGUCAACCAAUGGGAAUCUGGAACUUUGUGUAUGGAGAUAAUAAUUACAUCGGCGCCAUAGAAAGGAACGUGCUGGUUGAAGAAAAGUCCAAUGGCUUCAGCUUCAAUGGUAACGGCUAUGCCAUCGUGAGUGCCAAGGAGAUUAACUUCCGUCCUCAGCAGAAGGCAACCAUUAUCAUGCAUUUCAAGACCUAUGCUAGUAAUGGACUCUUGUUCUUUAUGGGAAAGGGACGCGACUUCAGCUCCAUUGAACUACGUGAUGGCAAGAUAUUCUUUCAGUUUGACCUUGGAGGCAUGCCUGCUAAACUGAUGAGUGAACAAACCUAUAACGAUGGUACCUGGCAUAAGAUCCAAGCAGCUCGCGACAAACAGACAGGAUUCCUUAGGGUCGAUGAGGAAGUUGGAGUAGAGGGCAGGUCUCCUGGUACCCUGGCAUCUCUUUCCUACACCGACGACAUCUUCAUUGGAGGAUUUAACGAAAUGAUCAUGCCAGUUAAGUAUGUCAGUGCUGAGGGCUUCCGUGGCUGUAUUAGGGAUGUACAGUUUGAUAGUACAGUCUGGGAUCUCAUUAACAACAAGGAAGCCAAGGGAGUCGUUCGUGGAUGUCCUGAGCAGAUGCUGAGAACAGCAACAUUUGGAGGAGGCGUACCUGGUUAUAUAGCCAUAGCAAUGGACAGCAUCGGUGUCAACUUUGAAGUUACUUUCAGGAUGAAGACUGUUUCUAACUCCAGUCUACUCAUGUACACCUCAGAUAAUUCUCAGAAUACGGUGUUUUCUGUGUCAACAUCUAUGGGUAAGAUAGUUGUAACAGCAGACCCUGGCGGUGACCUGACACGUUUGGAGAGCGUCGUUAACACCUACAAUGAUGGCAACUGGCAUUAUGUCUCAAUCAUGAAGAUGGGCAGGAAGCUCAUGUUGAACAUUGACGACAAGGAGAUGAUAGAAAAUCCCACACAGUCGUCAGAAGAAGAACUUAUCACCCAGAGACCUAUCUACUUCGGAGGGACCGACUUCUCUGUACCAGAUGCAUCCGUUGGUGCUACGGCUCCAUUCUUUGGCUGUAUCUCCGACAUAACUAUUAACGGAAUAUUUAAAAACUUUGCCAGUAUACAGAGUCAAAAUAUAAGAGCAGUUAGCCUAGGGGAUUGUUCUGAAUCAUCACAGCCCUCUGGACCAGUGGUGCCACCUGUUGUCACUCCUACACCUUCAGGUCCAGUUGAACGAACAACUCCAGCAUCAGUCCAGCAGUGUGCCUUAUCUACCAAUGUGGAUAUCUCGCCUCAGGCUGGGGAGGCAUUUGGAAAAUUGUUCGGCUCGUAUGCAGAGAGUCGUGAGGAGUACGCAUUGGUUCCAGCUAGUAUGACUGUCAGAUUCACAUUAUUAAUAGAAUUCAAAACAACAUCCACAACAGGAUUACUAUUUUAUGCCUCCGACUCCAGACACCGCGAUUUUGUAGGAUUGUAUAUGCUGAAUGGUAAAAUUGGAGCAGCAUUUAACUGUGGCACAGGAACAGGAAAGAUACUGUCCGUACAGGAAUAUAACGAUGGACAGUGGCAUACUGUGAGAUUUGCUAGAAAUUUAAAACGAGGUGAGUUAGAGAUUGAUGGUGUGGAAACUGGAGUGGCCACCUCUGGCGGAUUUACUCGUUCACUGAACGAGAAGCCACCAUACUACCUCGGAGGUCUGCCAAUGGAAGUCGCCGAAAAAGCAUCCAAAAAUCUGGAGGGUGCCAGUACAAGUUUCCAAGGCUGUAUCAGAAACCUUACAUUGAAUGGUAAGAGUUUCGGCACCCCACAGCUCGAGUUCCAGGUACAGCCAUGUACCACCAAUGUAGAACAGGGAUCCUUCUUCUACGCCGACGGAGGCUAUGUCCAACUACCUCCAGAGAAAUUUGUUGUUGGGUUAGAUUUGGAAUUCUCAGUGGAGAUCCGUCCUCGAAAUUUGACAGGAAUAAUUUUGUCUGUACACUCAACAGGAACAGACUUCAUGGCUUUACAACUGAAGGAUGGAGAAAUAAUAUUCAGUGCUGACAAUGGAGGCGGAAUCAUUACCACCAAGUACACGCCCCCAACAAAUAAUCUCCUAUGUAACGGUGAAUGGCACAAGAUCAAUGCUGUUAAAGCCAAGAGCACACUUCUGAUGACUGUGGACAGUCAGAUGAUACAACCAGUCAGCGGUAAAGCCGGCAGUUCAUCAGCUGAUACGACAGAACCUCUAUAUGUGGGUGGGGCACCAGAUCGGGGAAGACGAGGCUUGGUCGCCGAUGGCAAUUACCUCGGCUGUAUACGUAACUUGGCUAUUGGAGUUGAUCGCACGCCACAGUACAUCACUUCAGGAACUGUAUUUGGCUCAGUCAAGACUGACUCUUGUCCCGCUAAUUAAAAACAGCCAAUGCGAUUCUGAUUUUAUCUUUUAGACUUGUUGCCAUGGUAACCUUUACAGUGAAAAUAAUAAUUUGUAGAAACAUGGAAAUUUUUUAUAAAACAACCCCAUACAGAUGCCAGGUUAUCUAUAUGAAAUGAAAAUAUUCUUGCCACUGUAGUAAAUAUUUCACGAAAAGUAUCAAAUACUGAUUCCAUUGUUCUUCAGUUGCAGAAUCUGGAGACAAGACAUUUUAAGUAAGGAAAUGUGGAAACAGAGUUUGUUUUAACAAUCUCUCAUUUAUUAGAUUGUACACUGCCAUCAAUAUAGUUAUACUGUAUAUAAGAGGGACCAUCUAUACCAUGUCUCUUUAAACAACUUUUAAAGUAAUACCUAUAUUUAUCAAUUUCAUUCUAUACCAAAUAAGAAAAACAAAAAGCAAAUUACUUUUUUUUUUAUAAUUAAAAAGAAGAAAAAACAAUUGGUUUUAAAAAUAAUGUGAGGCAAUGUUUUUAUUUACAUAACUCUUUCUCUUGAAAAUAUCGAAAAGGAAGAUGAAAUUCAGACCAGACCAGUAGUUUCUCCCCCACAAUUAGAUAUACACUUCAAAUGACCUUGUGUCAGGACUAGAUCUCCAUGGAUGGCAGUGUAUACCUAUAUAAUGUUAUGUGUGCAAUAGUGUUGAUCUGCUGGACGAUAAAAGUAACCACAUAUGUAUGUGAUUGUAUAGAAACCUGAAGAAUACUCCACAGUAUUAUCUUAUAGGUCCAUGUUAGAGGUUACCAUGACAACAGUCACUACCGCCAUAAUAGGAAAUAGUGCCCAGCUUUUCUAAUCAUAUUCCUCACAGAAUAGUUCCUUGAUAAAUUAAGAUACAGAUUAAUCCAUAGUAUUGGUUGAUAAAGAUGUUUUAAUUGCUAAAGUUCAUUUAAAGAGUUGCCAAUAUUUACUCAAAUCGUUUUCUAAAAUUAAUCAUUUUAUGAUUUUGUAGUAUCGUUUUAAAAAAAUCAGUAUUUGUUAACAGAAAGGAAAUUUACAAUGAUGAUAUAAGAAUAUGAAAAAUAAAUUGAUAGAUUUUAUAUUUGGAAACAGAAAAUAAUAGUGAAGCUUAAUAGUUUUUUCUGCUCAAAAUUUCAGAUUAAUGUAAACAUUUCAUGUGUUGCACUGUUGUUAAAUUGAUUGCAGGUGAAUAAUUUAUCAGUUUGUAUAUCUAGGGAGGAAUUAUCCUGUGUAGGAUGGGCACCUUUCCACAUUUUAAUCUACAAAAUCUGAUAUGUAAAAGGUGAAGACCAGGACCUUACUUACUGCAGCUGAAUACCAAUUCCCCCUAAUUGUUAUAUGUCCUUCGAUAAAUGACAAAUGUCUUUCAUAGUACAAAUGAUAUUGUUUUAUCUACAAAUUUUGUCUUUCAAUAUUUUAAAAACAUUUUUAAAAGAAGUUUAUGUCUUGUUAUCAAUCAAAUUUUAUAAUUCACAAUUGUAGAAUUUAGUAGACUAUUCAUCUUGGUAUCUGUAUUUUGUUGUUACAUUACAGGAGAUAAGAGUAAUGUAAUAUUUGUAAUUUCUUAAGUUGUUCAGGGUACAUUAAUGUUUUAUCUAAAAUGAGAAUCUCUACUUGUAUUUUUUUGUUUAUGAAGUUAGUUUUACCUACCAUUUUUAAUUAUAUGUUAUAUCAAUGCUGUCCUGCAGCAAAAAUGAUUUGAAAUCCAGUUUUACCAGACAUUACCUUUUAUAUAUUGAUUAUUAAGUAUUGUUUUAUUUUAACAUAAAAUCUUGUCUUCCCUUUACCAUGUCAUGUUUUAGGAUAAAAAAUUGUCAACAAAUUGAGACACAUGCAUCAAGAGAACAAAAAUGUACAUAUCUUUUAACAUCUUAUUGAUUUGAAUUUCACGUUUAUCAGUAUGUUACAAUAUUUUUUGUUAGGUACAAAGCAUUUCAGAACAAAAAAAAUAUAGCUAAAGAGAGAAGGGUGAAAAAAAUUUGAAACUAUUUCAACAAAUUUGUCUCGGCCAUAAUUCCUUUACAGCAUGCAUGUUUCUGAAUUUUUUGUUAUUACUUUAUUAUUAGGCCACUGACCGUCUGUUUUUGUACAUUUAGUUACCUACACACAAGUUAACAGGUUUUCAAGAAUUUUUUUAUCAGAUCUUUUGAAAAAUCAAUUUUUUUUAGAAUGUUAAAAAAAAUGUUUUAUUGUAUUACUAAUGUGUAUUUGAUAUCUUGUUUUCAGUUUGAUUUAAUUGGCAUUAAGAAAAGCUAAAUAGCAAAAUAAAGAGCACACCAAAUUAACUAAAUGUACUGAAAUAAAAAGCAGUUAAUGAAA